GGGCCUGAGAAGCCCAGAGAAAUAAAAGAUUAAUCCAGCCCAGUGGACCCUGGGUUGGCUCUCCUCCCAACGCACCCUGAUCACAGGCCGGGACAGGCUCUCUCAUAAUGGACUCCCUGGCAGCAACCCGAAACCGGUUCUCCUCUCUGCCAUUCCAAGUCACCGGCCUUUCCAGUACCGAGAGUGGGAGAUGAGAACGGCCCAGAGACUGAUUCAGGGCAGAGUCCUGCUCCUAACCAUCUGUGCAGCUGGCAUUGGUGGGACUUUUCAGUUUGGCUACAACCUCACCAUCAUCAAUGCCCCAACCUUGCACAUUCAGGAAUUCACCAAUGCGACGUGGCAGGCGCGUACCGGCCAGCCGCUGCCUGACCACCUGGUCCUGCUUGUGUGGGCUCUCAUCGUGUCCCUGUACCCCCUGGGGGGCCUCUUGGGAGCACUGCUUGCGGGGCCCCUGGCCAUUGAACUGGGAAGGAAGAAGUCCCUCCUGGUGAAUAACAUCUUUGUGGCGGCGGCUGCAGCCCUGUUCGGCUUCAGCCACAGAGCAGGCUCCUUCGAGAUGAUCAUGCUGGGAAGGCUGCUCGUGGGGAUCACUGCAGGUGUGAGCAUGAGCGUCCAGCCCAUGUACCUGGGGGAGAGCGCCCCCAAGGAGCUCCGAGGAGCUGUGGCCAUGACCUCAGCUGUCUUCACCGCCCUGGGGAUUGUUAUGGGUCAAGUAGUUGGACUCCGGGAGCUCCUGGGUGGCCCACAGGACUGGCCCCUGCUCCUGGCCAGCUGCCUGGUGCCCGGGGCGCUCCAGCUCACCUCCCUGCCUCUGCUCCCUGAGAGCCCACGUUACCUCUUCAUUGACCGUGGAGAUGCUGAGGCCUGCCUGGAAGCGCUGCAGCGUCUGCGGGGCACGGCGGACGUGGGCGCGGAGCUGGCCGAGCUGCAGGAGGAGCGCACCGCCUGCCGGGGCCAGCGCGCGCGGCGCCCGUGGGAGCUGUUCCGGGAUCCGGCCCUGCGGAGGCAGGUGGCGAGCCUCGUGGUGCUGAGCAGUGCCAUGGAGCUGUGCGGUAACGACGCGGUGUACGCCUACGCCUCGUCCGUGCUCCGCGUGGCGGGAGUCCUCGAGGACAAGGUCCCGUACGCCGUCAUCGGCACUGGCUGCUGCGAGGUGCUCACCGCGUUGGUCAGCUGUGUGGCGAUCGAGAGGGUGGGCCGGCGCGCACUGCUGGUCGGGGGGUACUCCCUGAUGACCUGCUGGGGCGGUGUCUUCACAGCGGCCCUGUGCCUGCAGAGCUCCUCCCCCUGGGUGCCCUACCUGGCUGUGGCCUGCAUCUUUGCCUUCAUCCUCAGCUUUGGCAUCGGCCCCGCCGGAGUGACAGGGAUCCUGGCCACAGAGCUCUUUGACCAGACAGCCCGGCCUGCUGCCUAUAUGAUCUUCGGGGCACUCGUGUGGACCACGCUCUUCCUGGUCGGGCUGGGGUUUCCCUUCUUCACGGUAGGCCCUCCUUCGGGGCGCCCUGCUUUAGGGUCCCGUCAGCGUGAGAACCCCGCGGGAGGCCCCCUCCCGGGCAGACGGAGGCUGAAGGUGGUGGGGCUUAUCCGAUCCUACAGACAAGUUGCUCAGCACCACGUGCCCUGGGGCCGAACCGGGCCGCACCAGCUCCCGAGGGCCCUUUUCCUUCCUAGGAGGUCUUGUCCCACUUCCUCUAUAUGCCUUUCCUCGGGGUCUGCCUCUGUGGGGCCGUCUACACUGGCUUCUUCCUCCCUGAGACCAAAGGCAAGACCUUCCUGGAGAUCUCUGCGGAGCUGCACAGGCUCAACUUCCCCGGGCAGAGCCAGGGCGGUGUGUGGAGGGGCCUGGAGGCCGGCCGGGGCACGGAGCUCUAGCUCUGCCCGCGCGCCGGUGCCCGGCUCCAGCUGCUGCUCUCCUGCUUCCUGCUCAGGGUCCUGGCCCUCUGCACUCACAGGCCCCUGCAUUCGUUGGUUUAAUGGGUGCUUUCUGGGCACCUUCUGCGUGUAGGCACGGUACCAGGGGGUGAGUCAGGGAGAAGGGAUCCAGACUCGGUGCUCCCCAUCCAGAGGCAGUUAACAACUAACAGGAAACCAAUAAAAACAUAAUUACAAACUCCAGGAAAUGCAGUGGAGGAAAGUUCAGGCUGUGAAGGUGUGCAUACCAGAGGGGCCUGAUCUAGUUUGAGAGGAGGGUGGUCAGAAAAGGAUUUUCUGAGAAUUGAUUUCUUAAAAGAUACUUUAUUGAGGCAUAGUUAUGUACAGUACAGUAUAUCCGUAUUAUGUGUACAUUUGAUGAGUUUUGACAGCUGUAUAUACCCAUGAACCCACCACCACAGUCAAGGUGCACCUUCACAUCACCCUGAAAGUUCCCUCAUGCCCCUUUGCAAUCAGCAACCCAGCCCCAGGCCACCACUGACCUGCCUUCUGUCACUAUAGCUUAGAUUUGCCUCUUUUAGAAUGUAAUAUAAUUCCACACCAUAUAUGCACAUCUGUGGCUGGCUUUGCUCUAAGGUUUUUGAGAUUCAUGUAUGUUGUUGCUCAUGUUAGUGUGUGUUCCUUUGUAUCGCUGAGUAAUACUCCACUGUGUGGAUAUACCACAUUUGUUUAUCCACUUACCUGUUGUUUCUAAUUCUUGACUAUCAUGAAUAAAACUAUAAACAUUCCUGCACGAAUUGUUGGGUAGACAUAUGU